AUGAGAAUACCACUUUGGAAGACAUUGGUACUGAAAUCUAUAAUUUGCACUGUGCCUUGGUGUAUUAUUGGAGAUUUUAAUGUUAUUGCUUCUACUGGGGAGAAAAUUGGAGGAGUACCAUAUCAAAUGAGCAAGAGUUUUGACUUCCUGAGUAUGAUGGAGGAUUGUGGAUUUGUUGACCUUGGCUUCUAUGGUUCAAGAUACACUUGGUCAAAUGGAAAAGGACCUGGUGCUAUUGUGUGGAAGAGAUUGGACAGAGGACUUGCCAAUGACAACUGGCUAGUCUCUUUCCCUACUACUACUAUCAGUCAUCUUACAUGUGCUGGUUCUGACCAUUCACCACUGCUUAUGAAGAUUCAUGGACAACAUGACCAAGCCAAGAAAUACUUCAGAUUUCUCAACUGUUGGACAGAAAAUGACAGUUUUCUAUCUAUAGUACAGAGUGUAUGGAACAAACAUGUGGAAGGGACUACAAAGUGGGUGUUUCAUCAGAAGCUCAAAGCCCUUUCACAAGCCCUGGGCAAAUGGUCCAGAAUUCAAUAUAGGGAUAUCUUCCAAAAACCAAAGGAGUAUAUGAACAGAAGGUCAAAGAAGCAGAGGAGAAGUGGGCUGCUACUAAUGAUCCAGUUGACAGAAUAG